AUGAAAGAAGGAAACCCAAACAAACGAAGAGCCAGCAUCAUGAAAUUUUUCAGAGAGCUUCCUUCACAAGAUGAUGAUGGUCAAGUUCUCCCCAUAAGUGGCCUUUGGAACACAGCCAUGGCACAUCCUAAUGAUCCAGAGUUCAUAGAAUUAGGUAUCUUUGAAUGCAUGUCAGCUCUCAUUUGGAAAGGCUUAAAGAAUCGCAGAUGGCUAUCUCAUGAUCAAAACAUCUACAUCCCUUAUUAUGCUGCACAUAUAAUCGGAUCAUACACCAUGAACAUGGAAGAUUUUGCAGAAACUGCAGUCAAUGCAGGGGUAAUCCCACCUUUGGUUGAACUCUUAAGGGGUAGAUUAACUUGGGUUGAACAAAGAGUUGCUGUAAGAGCUUUAGGACAUUUAGCUACAUAUGCAAGCACUUUCCCUGCUGUUUCAAGUCAUGGAGAGAUUCUUGAACUUUGUAUACAAUUAGCAAUGAGUUCACUUGAGAUUGUUUACUCUCACUUUUAUCAGUAUGCUGACAGAAGACUUAGUUACCAUUGUGAUCUUUUGACACGUGGCAUGGGUGGUGUAGAGAUGGAAUCAAGGAAAGCUGAGGAAUGGGCUAGUCAAUUACAAUCAGGUAUUGGGUUAUUGAGAACAAUUUGUCAUCAUAAAUUUGGAAGAGGACCUGUUAGCAGCUGCCCAGGGGUAAUUGAGUCAUUAUGUAAUAUUGCACGCUCUUCAGAUGACUGGCAAUAUAUGGCGAUUGAUUGUCUUUUAUGGUUGCUCCAAGAUCCUAAUACCUUCCAUAAGGUGAUCGAAAAGGCAGCACCAGCAGUUCUGGACCUAGCAGAAAUCCAAACCCUCGGGGACCACAAAAAACUCGGCGAUUCCAUCCUCAACGUCCUCCAAGAAUCCAUCAAUUCCACCGGAAACCGCAAUUCCAUCAGCAACCGAACCCAAGAAGACAUCGAAUCCCUCCUCGAUUCUCGCGAACGUUUCAAAUGGGAAAAAUCCAUGCCAAAAGAAGACCUCCACAUCAAACAAGCCGCCGCCUUAGUCGUCAAACUCGAAGGCAACUCCCUCUUUUCUUCCGGAAACAUCCAAGCCGCCGCCUUAAAAUACUCAGAAGCCCUCUCCUUAUGCCCCGUAAGAUCCAAAAAAGAAAGAGUUGUUUUAUACAGUAAUCGCGCCCAAUGCUACCUUUUGUUGCAACAACCUUUGACUGCCAUUAGUGAUGCCACGCGGGCCCUUUGUUUGCAUAAUCCGGUGAAUAGACACGCGAAAAGUUUGUGGAGGCGGGCCCAGGCGUAUGAUAUGAUUGGGUUGGCGAAGGAGAGUUUGUUGGAUGCGAUUUUGUUUAUAAAUGAGUGUUCGAAUUCGAUGGAUCCGGAUUUGAAUUGUAGGCAGAAUAAGGUCCCGGAUUAUGCGGAGCGGUUGGUGAAGAAGCAGAUGAAGGCCGCGUGGUUGUUUAGGGAGGCGGCGGUGAAACAUGGCGGGAUUGAUUGUGAGGAGGGUGGUGGUGGCGGUGGUGGUGGUGGUGGGGAUGGUGAUGAGAAAUGAAACGAUGAUAGUUGAUACGAUGUGCAACUUGUAGAAGAUGAAAAAUGAGCUUGAAACAAAGAAAGAAUGAGUGAGUUUUAACUUUUAACAUUGCUCUUUUUCUGUUUUUUUCUAUUGCAUUCUUAAUGUUCACAAGACUUUGAAGAGAAAAAAAAAAUCCCAAAUUCAAAGGAUUUUGUACAUUAUUAUUUUUCUUGUAAUUUUGGUGUGUGUGUGUGUCUUUCUUUUGUGUGCAAAAAAUGUGUAUAAAACCCUUGGGGGACUUUUGAGUUUUUGAGUAAUAAUGGGUUUUUUCUGAAAUGAUUCGUGUUGG